CGGUUGCAUGUUUCUGCUCUGCUACUGUGUGUGUGUGUGUGUGCGUGAGAGUAAGUGGGGGGACAGGGAAGCAAUGCAGAAAACCACUCAUGUUAUGGGACAGUUGAGGAUAAAGCGAGUUAUUAUUAGUUAAAACUACGUCGGCUCAGCUCGUGCGGGGACAUCGGGAGAACGCGGACUCGUCAGAUCAACAUUCCACCAUGGUGUCCGUUGACCAUGUAGCUCACAGAAUACUGACUUACAUCCCGUAUGUUCUCGUUCUGAUUGACAUGCGAUACGAAGGGGUGACGUGUGGACGGGACGGGAGCGUGGACAAUCACAUAGAGAUGGGGAAGAAGCUGCUCGCUGCCGGUCAGCUGGCCGAUGCCCUCUCUCACUUCCACGCGGCUGUAGACGGAGACCCCAAGAACUACAUGGCCUACUACAGGAGAGCCACGGUGUUCCUGGCAAUGGGGAAGUCGAAGUCUGCGCUGCCGGAUUUGAGCAGAGUCAUUGAGCUCAAACCAGACUUCACAUCGGCACGACUUCAGAGAGGUAAUCUCCUCCUGAAGCAGGGCAGGCUCGACGAAGCAGAGAGUGACUUCAAGAAGGUGCUGAAGUCCAACCCCAGCGACAAAGAGGAGAGAGAGGCCCAGAGUCAGCUGACAAGCUCUGACGAAAUCCAGCGACUGGUGGCUCUGGCCCGCAGUAGCUACAGCAGCCAGGAUUACAUGACGGCUGCUGCCCAGCUUGACACUAUCAUCGAAACUUGCGUUUGGGAUGUAACUUCUCGGGAGAUGCGAGCGGAGUGUUUCAUCCAGAUGGGAGAGAUGGGGAAGGCCGUCAGCGACCUUAAAGCUACAUCCAAGUUAAAGAGUGACAACACACAGGCGUUCUACAAACUCAGCACCAUCUACUAUAACCUUGGAGACCAUGAGAUGUCCCUCAACGAAGUGCGCGAGUGCCUGAAGCUGGAUCCUGAUCACAAGCAGUGUUACAGCCAUUACAAGCAGGUGAAGAAGCUCAACAAACAGAUCCAGUCUGCAGAGGCACUCAUCCAAGAGCAGAGGUACGAAGACGCCGUGAGCAAAUACGAGGCGGUGGUGAAGACUGAGCCCAAAGUGCUUCAUUUCUCUCUCCUUGCCAAGGAGCGUAUCUGCCACGCGCUGGCACAGGGUCAGCAGGGCAGCAGGGCCAUCCCAGUGUGUAGUGAAGUCCUCCAGUCGGACCAAGAGAACGUGAACGUGCUGAAGGACAGAGCCGAGGCCUACAUCCAGGAGGAACAGUAUGAGGAAGCAAUCAAGGACUACGAGACGGCUGCUAAACACAGUGAGAAUGACCGUCAGAUAAAAGAAGGUCUUGACAAAGCUCAGCGACUCCUCAAACAGUCUCAGAGGAGGGACUAUUACAAGAUCCUCGGCGUGAAGAGAAAUGCACAGAAAAAGGAGAUUAUCAAAGCCUACAGGAAACUGGCACAACAGUGGCAUCCUGACAACUUCCAGGAUCCGGAGGAAAAGAAGAGGGCGGAGAAGAAGUUCAUCGACAUUGCUCAGGCCAAAGAGGUUCUAACGGACCCAGAGAUGAGAACCAAGUUUGACCACGGGGAGGACCCCAUGGAUCCAGAGAGCCAGCAGGGUCACCAUCAACACUUCCGCGGAGGUUUUCAAUCCGGCUACCAGGGUUUCAAUCCAUUUGGUUCUGGACCGUUUAACUUUAAAUUCAACUUCAACUAAGGAGGCUUCGUAUCCAGCAGAGGGAUCUAUUUUUUGUUUUGUUUUUUUGUUUUUUCCUCCCUAUUUAAAAGAGAGAUCACUGACAUUAAGGCGUGCCAGUGCAUUUACCAUUCAAUAAAAAGUGGAGCCGAUUGUCACGUUAAUUCAGUGACCUUGAUUAAAGUCACUUCUUCAUCGUUGAAUAAUACAACUUCAGAUUCUGUUUGGCAAAGGACUGUUGCUAUGCUAACAAAUAUUUGCCGUGUGCGAAGCAGCUUUUAUCCGUCAAGACCAAAUGUUGAUUCUACACCUUUCCGCUUAUCGUACAACUGUACAAUUCACAUCCAUUCAAAAGAUUCAGUUUGUACAUAGGUACAUUGCUAUUUUUAUAUGAAUGGAGUUUUUUUCUGAAGUGUAAAUAAAGAGCUAUUUAUGUACAUUAAAAUUAA